GGUGUCACUUCCUUCCAAGGGGAAGUCCUGCACGGGAAUGGCUGUCAGGAGUUAAAUCGGGCUGUCAGGAGUUAAAUCGGGCUGUCAGGAGUUAAAUCGGGCUGCCCAGGGAGGUCUGGAGUGCCCUUCCCUGCAGGUGUCCAAGGAAGCGCUGGACGUGGCACUCAGGGCUCGGGGCUGGGGACAGGGUGGGCAUCGGGCACAGCUCGGGCUCGAUGAUCCUGGAGGGCUUUUCCACCCUCAGUGGUUCUGGGAUUCUGUGCUUUCAAAGGAACAGAGUGUCCUGAGCAUCUCCGACAUUAGCAAAAAUUCCUGUAAGUAAAAACUAGCGUUAGUAAAAAUUGCCAGCUGAAACAGGAAUCAGGCGCCCGCUGCUUGCUCUAAAAAUUGUGUCCCGGCUUCCCGUGAACCAAAUUCCCUGGAUAAUUCCAGACAAACCAGCAGAAAGGGGGGAUAAAGAGAGCACAGUAAGCACAACGUGAUUCUGGUCUUUGUAAAAAAUGCCGAUCGGGAAAAUGCGUUGAAAUAUCCUAAGCGCUGGAGAAAUGGUCAUUAAUGAUCAAGCCUCAGUUGUGUGGAACGUGUUCCAUUUAACACUUUGUGUCUAAUUUAUGAAGAAAGGUGCGUGUUAGUGAGGCCAUGGAAAGAAGAGCAUUGGCCAGCCAGAAGAAACGCAAGGCACAGAGCCUUGGGAUGUAAUUCCAGCUUUGUAAAUACAAUUCAAGGUUCUGCUGUGUUUCCUUGGUAAACGAUGAAGGUUCUGCUGCUGAAGGAUCCCAAAGACAAAGAUUCAGGACCAGAUCCAUAUAUUAAAGAAUUAGGAUCACACAGCUUGGAAGCAACGUUGAUCCCAGUUCUGUCAUUUGAAUUCAUCUCUCUUGACAGCUUAUUUGAGAAGCUUUCUCAUCCAGAGUGCUAUGGAGGCCUGGUUUUUACCAGUCCAAGAGCAUUAGAAGCCAUCAAGAUGUGUUUAAAAGAGAAGAGUAAAAAGGAAGCCUGGUCAAAAUCUCUUAAACAAAUGUGGAAUAUCAAACCAACAUAUGUGGUAGGAAAAGCUACAGCUUCUUUAGGUUUCUAUGACAGGAAAUCUGAAUUGUUGUCAUUGCUUUCUGUAUUUUUUCUUUGCUGCUUUUUGGUUCUAGUGGAAGAGAUUGGCCUUUUUCCACAAGGAGAAAAGUCUGGAAAUGCUGAGAAAUUAGCUGAAUAUAUUUGUUCAAGAGAGAAACCCAAUUCCUCAGCUCUCCUAUUUCCUUGUGGAGCCCUGAAAAGAGAAGUACUUCCUACAGUGCUUAGAGAAAAAGGCAUACCCCUGGAAAGCCUCACUGUUUAUCAAACAACCCAACACCCUGAUCUGCAGGAGUCUUUGAGCAGUUACUUCUCCCAGCAGGGGAUCCCUGCAAGCAUCGUGUUCUUCAGCCCGUCCGGUGUCAAAUUCUGUCUCCAGCACAUCCAGAAGCUUUCAGGGGAUUUGAUCAACCAAGUCAAGUUUGCUGCCAUCGGUCCCACCACGGCCCAGGCCCUGGAAGCCGCCGGGAUCCCCGUGAGCUGCACUGCAGGGAGCCCCACGCCCCAGGACCUGGCUGCUGGCAUCCACAGAGCCGUGCACCCACAGAACUGUUCUGUGCCCCAGUGAGAGCCCAGCCUGCCCAGCAAGGUGAAUAUGGUGCUCUCAGAGGGGUUUUCCAAUUUGCAGAGCUGUUGUCCUGCAAGAAAGUGUUUUCUGGGAAUAUGCAGCACUGUCCUGGUCAGGGAUGGGUGUGAGAAGGUUGCACCUAAAUAUCUAAGAAAUCCAGGAUCUGUCCAGCAUCCUCAAAGCAUCCAGCUAUUCCCUCUCCUCGUGUGUGCACUGUGAGCAUUUUAUCCUUGAAAAGCAGCUAUGAACACUGAGACACUGAAAUCAGUCCCACACCUCACCUCAGGUAUCCCCCAGCACACAGGCUGGCUUUGAAUUGCUCUGUAUGAUCAGUUUAAAUUGCACAGCUUCUUUUGUAGGAAAAACCCCCCUAUGCCAGUGAAGUAUUUUCUUUUGUAAACUUGGUUGUUGUUCUGCUUUUCAAGUAAGAAUGGUAAUUGUAGAUUCUUAGUGGAGUAGGAGAAUUCUUGCAGUGGAGUUGCACUGUGUGGGGCUAAUUCAGGUCAGCUGCUGCCCCUUGUUACCCUGACAGUACAGUCUUAAAAAUGAGGUUUUGGUUUCUGUUCCUGUAAAGAAGGAGGAUUUAUUAACAGGGAAAUAAACUGGCUUAGCAGAGUUAA